AUGUCAGACUCGGAGUCCACCAUGGCAGCGGGACCACCCCACCCCCAUCUCGGCGGCAAGUCGCUCCAAUCCCUGGAACGGCCGCGGUACAAGUCAUGGCGCAAGAAGUACAGGAAGAUGCGCCAUCACUUCGACGGCGUUUUGGAAGAGAACAAGCGCGUCUUCAAGGACGAGCAGAAGCUGGACGCCAUUGCCAAGCGGCUGCGAGAGGAGCUUGACGGCCUUCUCGAACUAUGCCUCGACCUCAACCAGAACCCAGCAAUCCCACCAGAACUUCGCUUUGACAUCACCUACCCGGGCGACCGCACAGCCGCUCUGAACGAGAUCGAGCCUGAUAUCAGCCCAGACAAAGCCGAUGGCCUGUUCGUCCACUACAACGCUCAAGUCCGGACUGCAAACUUCGGCAAUGCGAAUCUUCACAGACUUCGCGAGCAGAUUGAUGCGAGGCUGGCAGCACAAGACGUGGAGUCGUUGGAAGCGCUGGAGAAGAGCGUGCCGCAGCCCGUGCCAUCACCGGAUGACUCUGCGGGGGGCGUAACAGCUGAUGACACUGAGCUUGGAUCAUGGCUGGGUGCGGAACAGGAAGACCAGCACCUCGCUCGCAUGGACGCAAAGUUCGGCCCGGAUCACUACACUUUGGCAUCCGCUGCCGACAAGUCACGAGAGCAAGACGUACUGGCAAAGGAGGGCAAACACUGGGCUGAGCUUACACCCCGAGAGUUGGAACGUCAGGUCGAGUUGCAGAACCCGCAGAGUCAACACAACUGGCUCAAGAUCCACCACAAGAACACCAAUCCUGGUGACGACGAUGCGGAAAGCGUAGCCAGCCACGACACUACGGCCAAAGCUCCGAAGAAGCGACCAGGCAAGGACAAGAAUUUGGCCAAACAAGUCGGUGACCGUGCGGUCGUCAGGGCACGAGAAGGCUGGAGCCCUUCCGCUGGGUCAGCGGCAAUGGAAGAGGACGAGCUGGUGCUGGAUGAAGGUGCAGCUGGUGGGAAGAAGCGGUCGCGUGAUCCGGACGGGACGUACAGGCUCAAGGGUGGGAAAGGCGGGAGUAGUGCCGUGAAGACCAAGCGGAAGAGGAGCGGUGAGGACCUGGGUGGUGCUGGGUUGAAGAAGGCGAGGGUGGAAGGGGAUUGA